AUGAAUGGAGGCGUCAUUCCAAGGGGUUCCCUUUCCCUCCUGGUCCAAGGUUUGGAGGUAUCAUUGCUUGCAGGCUUCUUCGCCAAAACUCGUUCCAUUGGAAAAUAUUCUCACAAUUUCGAGAAACAUACGGUAGAUGCGAUCGCAGGCAAUAUCGUCGGUUUCGAUCUGUUUGGCCGCCAGUUGAUCAUUCUCAAUAGCUAUGAGGUCGCCAAAGAUAUGCUUGCGACUAAUGCGUCGAUUUAUUCGGACCGACCUAGUAUGGUUAUGUCCGGAAAACUGAUGGGCGCCGAAAACACUGGUUUUUCUCAACUCCGUUACGGGUUGGAGUGGAGAGAACAAAGAGCGAUGCUUCAUCAGCUAAUGACAAGAAAAUCAAUGACACAAUUCCAUGGUGCUCUCCGGAGGGCUGCUCUGCGCAUACUCGUGGGUGCUCUCGAGAACUCGCUCGCCCUUGGGGAUCUCCUGCGCCUGCACGUUGGUGCAGUGAUUCUCAAAACAACGUAUGGGAUCGAUGUCAAGAACUCCGAAGACCGCUAUUUGCAGGUCGUGGUGAGGCUCGUUAAGGCGGUUAAUUUCACUUUUUUUGGCCAGCACCUGGUCGAUUUCUUCCCCAUUCUUUUGCAUAUUCCUCGCAGCGUUCCGUUCGUGCAAUUCAGAAAAGAAGCGGAGUUCUUGCGCGCGACUCGUGAAGAGCUACUGAAUCGACCAUUCGAGUAUGCGCUGUCUCAAGAACCUUUGUCGCUCGUGAACAGAUUGAUACAAUCUGGAAGGAAUCCACGUUCCGUCAGGCUGGCCACCGGCGCCCUCUACAUUGCUGGUGUGGAUACGACCCUCAUCACAUUCAAAACAUUCCUCACUGCAAUGAUGCUCUAUCCUGAGGUGCAGAAAAAAGCCCAAGAAGAACUGGACGCUGUGCUUGGCACUUCGUCUAAGCAUGAGGUGCUGCGUCUUCCAACCUUUGAUGAUCAAGACAAGCUUCCAUAUCUCAAUGCCGUGAUCAAGGAGGUGCACAGAUGGCAUCCCGUGUUUCCUCUCGGAGUGAGUCACGCUCCUGUUGAGGACAAUGUCUAUGCAGGAUACUUCAUUCCUCGUGAUUCAAUCAUUAUGCCAAAUCAAUGGGCGAUGAGUAGGGACGAGCAUCACUACCCAGAGCCAGAACAAUUCAGGCCCGAGCGGUUCUUGGGUGAUAAUCCUGCUCUGGACCCGAAGGAAUUCAUACUUGGAUUUGGCAGAAGGAAAUGUGUUGGCCUGCAUUUCGCUGAUGCCGUUAUCUUCAUCACGUUUGCUUCGAUUCUGUCGACGUUCAACAUCACGAAGCGCACGGGGGAUCGCUAUGUCGAACCCAAUCUUCGCGUUGGUCAUGCAGGUCCGAUCGAUGAGGCGGCAUGCGAUCUGGCCCCCAGGUCACCCGGGACAGCUGCGCUCAUCAAUACUUCACUUGAAUCUCUCGACGACUCUUCUUGA